CUCAAUAUGCAACCCACACCCAAUUACACCCAAUUCUUGAUCCUGCCAUAUUAAUUUGCUCGUGUGUCCAUUCUCAAGAAACAUCAGAUGGUUUGGCAGUGAUUUUUCUCUCAAGGUUUACUAAGGAUUCGAAGAUAUAGAAUUUUGUCAAUCUCGGUUUCUGACUGUGGCAUUUGAUGAUAUCGCAAUAACGAAUAAUAUAUUGCAUCCUCAUCAUGGCGCCUCCUCCCAAUCGAAAUCCAACAACCUUUCAUGAGUACGAGCAUGGCACAUCAGGAUCCCCCAGAGGCUCUAUUAGUAGCAAUCGAAGUGUACGAUUCGACUCGGGCAAUUUCUCUCCAUCUGCAGAUUCUGAUUAUCUAGCCCCUGGGGAUCAGAAUGAACAGAUGGAAGGUUUGAGGAGACGAAGGUCUUCGAUUGCCAUGCGAUUUAACUCUAUUGCCCAUGCUGGAGGUGUAAACAGCAUCGAGAACUUCGCGCGAAGUUUAACACGAGCUACUGCCUUCCACGAAAUUACUCCGCGCCGCCCGUCCUUCAUACUUGCUGGGGACGGCACCGGAGAGGGUGAUGAUCCAGAUGUAGAAUAUGGAGGAUUACAGGCGGACUAUGGUAGAAUACCUCGAUCUUCCUUGAUCAGAGAACAGCUACGGAGAUCAAAUUCGGAUGGUGUGGGUGAUGACGAAUCUGCAAUUGGCGAUGAGACAGAGAGCAACCUAUCCCGGGUUGCCAGCCACAUGAAGCCCGAAGGAGAACGGCUUCUUGGAGGCGAUCGCUCAAGCGUGCAAGGAAGUGUAAGAGGCGGUCAAUCCAUCUUUGCCAUUGCUCCGCAUCUAUCAACUCCUUUGGCGGGAAGCUAUGGAACGUCUUACGGCACAUUACGUUCAAACUUAAACGAGUCAUCGAUGAUCCAUGCUGGCCAACUUUGGCGACAACAACAAGCCACCGGCGCAAAUGUUGCUGACGGGGAACACAUGCCUUUGAUUGUCAAGGAGGUUGAAGAAGAUGGAAAGAUCGUACUUGUGGUUGAGGGACAGUCUACGCUUCCACAGACGAUCCUUAACUCCACGAAUGUUCUCAUUGGAGUUGGACUGCUCAGUCUCCCUAUGGGUUUGAAGUACUCGGGACUGCUAUGUGGCAUGAUAUUACUCUUUCUAUCGGCGCUUGUUACGUCGUACACGGCGAAAUUGUUGGCUAAGUGUAUGGACAGAGAUCAGAGCCUUUUGAGUUUCGCAGACGUUGCUUAUGCAACCUAUGGUCGCAAGGCAAAUAUAGCGACUAGUAUACUUUUCACUAUGGAGCUUCUUGCGGCAUGCGUUGCCUUGAUUGUCCUUUUUGCAGAUUCCCUUAAUUCGCUAAUUCCAUCCGUCGGAGUCAAUGAAUGGAAAAUUCUAUGCGGUCUUCUUUUGAUACCACUCAAUUUUGUCCCCCUGCGUUUAUUGAGUUUUACCAGUAUUCUUGGAAUCGUCUCAUGUUUUUCCAUUGUGCUAAUAAUUCUCAUUGAUGGGUUUGUAACACCACGAACUCCUGGUUCUCUAUUGGAACCGGCAACUCAAUAUAUUUUUCCAGCCAAUUGGCUCACGCUCCCACUUUCGUUCGGCCUUAUGAUGUCGCCCUGGGGAGGACAUUCGGUUUUCCCCAACAUUUAUCGUGACAUGAGACACACAUAUAAUAAUGUGCUUGAUGCUACAACUGCUCUGGCUGGUAUAUUGAUGUUUGGAGAUAACGUUAUGGACGAAGUGACUGCCAACAUUAUUGGGAACUCAAGCUACCCUCGCAGCUUGUCUCUUAUGAUAUGCAUAUUCAUUGCCAUAAUUCCAUUGACCAAAGUCCCUCUGAACGCCCGCCCUAUUGUUUCCACAAUCGAAUUGCUCUGUGGGCUUGAUUCUCGCGCCAUGCCCGAAUCACAGGCCCUUACCGGACUCUCAGGCUACACUCGUGGUAUAAUCAAAGUUGCCAUUCGUAUCAUUGUUCUCAUCGUAUUUGUAAUCAUUGCUGUUGUCUUUCCGGCUUUCGAUAGUAUUAUGGCGUUUAUGGGUUCGGCUUUAUGCUUUACCAUUUGUGUCAUCCUACCACUUUUGUUCUACGUCAAGAUGUUUGGAAAGGAAAUCAGUAGGAGAGAGCUAAUAUUGGAUUACUGCUUGAUUGCUAUUAGUUCUAUAAUGGCGGUUGUGGGUACCGUCUGGGCUUUCUUGCCCAAGGAACUUAUUCACGCCGAAUAAUGCGCGUACGGCAUACGACGCGUUUUUAAUAUUCUUGGGGAGGCAGCACACACGUUUCAGAAAUUUAUUCGUUGCAUGGUUCAUAUGGAUUGGUAUUGGAGUUCUGCAUUAUGCAUUGAUGGUGGGUCGUUGAUACUCUCUAUGCAGUCGCUCCAUACCCACCUUUUCUUUAUUUUGUUUAUAUAUAUUUCUUAUUUGGUUCUUGGGUUGUCAGUCAUGGAGAAUGGUCGCUGGUUGUUCUGUGCAUAUGAUGGAGAUGAAGUUACGUAUAUAUUUAGGGUUUAAAUGAGAAAUAGGAUAUACUACUA